CACACACACACACACACACACGCGUGAUGGUUUCAUGCUUAAAAGGAAGCUGCUUCACACACUCAGUCAGUCGUGGACGUAAAGAAGCAGAAGCACAAUGCUUUCCUGUAAGUGGAUCUCUGAGACUUUAUUUACUAUUCUGAUGCUUCAGCUCACAGCAGCAGCUGGGCAGCAGCGAGCUUUCUUCACUGUUAAAACUGGUGAUGGAGUCACUUUACCCUGUAGCAAAGUGGAACAGGAGAAACCCAACUGUGACAGAAUCACAUGGACGUUCAGUCAACCAGGAAACAGAGAGGUAUCAUGGUUUGAAAGAGGAAAGUUCACAGAAGAAGCUAACGCUAAGUCAGGCAGACUGAGUGUCACAGCAGACUGUUCUCUGGUCAUGAAGAACGUCAGAGAGGAGGUUUUUGGUGAAUACUACUGCAGACAGAUCCCGACUACAAGCCCAAAUCUCGCCAUGAAGGUUGAUCUGUCUGUUGUUACCAUGAAUGAACAAAGAAACAAUGGAAAAGUCACCUUUACCUGCUCUGUGUCUCAACACACUGUCUGCAAACACACAGUGGUGUGGCUGUAUGAGGGGAAAGAUAAAAUAUCACCAGAUGUGAAUGUAUCAAGUUCCUGCUCUGCAGCUGUCACAAUCCCAGCAUCUCAUCUGCAUCAGGACUCAAAGUUUUAUGAGUUAUUAAAGUGUAAAGUACAAGAUGCAUAUGACAAAAAAGACCUGCUGUUCACCUUCAGCCAUCAGUCAUCAGAACAAUCAACAGCAGCUACAGCAACUACAUCAGUAACAACUAAAUCAAUAUCAGCCACAUCUAACAGAACUGAAUCAGUAUUUUCAACCAGCAGCAGGUGGCUAACAUCACUAACUCCAACACCAACGCCAUUUACCAAACAUAAUCAAACAAAAUCUCGAGGUUGGAUUUGGUGGGUUGUCACUGUGUCCAUGUUGUUAGCAGGACUCUUAAUAACUGUGAUGGUAACCAUCGGAUGGAUGAAAACUAAAGGAAGUAAAAAGCAGAAGGAAGACCAGCCUCAGGUUGAUGCUUAUGUUUCUUAUGCAUCCAUGAACCUCGCCAUGGGAACCAGGACAAAAAGCAACGUCCCUGAUGCUGUGAUCUACAGCACUCUACAAGCUCCAUCUGCUGUGAUCUGAUCAGCUGCUGUCCAUAACAGAAGGAAAAGCAACAUUUCCCUUUAAUUUGUUGAGGAUUUGAAUCCAGUUGUUUUGUUCUGGAUCAUUUCUGCUUGUUUGAUGCCUAAUCUGCUCCCAUCCUGCCUCUCUGCAAUGAUUGGAUCACAAUCCUUCAAACAUUUAAUGCAUUUACAAAGUUUAUUGCAAUAUAUAUAUAUAUAUAUAUAUA